AUGCCCUCGCUUCCUCAGAGCUGCGACGUUCUCGUCGUCGGUGGGGGAAACGCGGGCUUCUCAGCUGCCAUAGCCUCAGCUCAAGCUGGAGCAAAGAAGGUCGUAAUCAUUGACAAGUGCCCGGAAGAUUGGGCUGGCGGCAAUUCCUACUUCACAGCAGGAGCUAUGCGAACUGUCCACGAUGGCCUCUCAGAUCUUCUCUCCGUCGUCAACAACUGCGACGAUGCUACCGCUAAAAUCAUUGAUCUUGACCCGUACACCCGCGAAGACUUUUCGAAAGACAUGGCACGCAUAUGCUUGGGGAGAUCAGAUCCUCAUUUGAGCAAAAUUCUUAUUGAUGACUCAAAUGGUGCUAUCAAAUGGCUGGCUCGUAAUGGCAUUCGUUUUCAACUAUCAUUCAACCGACAAGCGUAUAUGGUAAAUGGCCGAUACAAGUUUUGGGGCGGCAUGGCUCUCAAAACCCAAGACGGCGGUAAAGGCCUGAUCGAAGACCACAAACGCGCAGCCGCUAGACAUGGUGUCCAAGUGUUCUAUUCAACAGCUGCAACACGCCUCAACCGGGACCCCAUCAGUGGCGCCGUUAUCUCCGUCGACGUCGAGCACGCCAGCCGAUCCUUCACCAUCAACGCCGGAGCCACCAUCCUAGCCGCAGGCGGUUUUGAGGCUAAUCCCCGUAUGCGCUCGCAGUAUCUGGGGCCAGGAUGGGACCUCGCGUCGGUGCGGGGGACCCCCUAUAAUACCGGCGACUUGUUCGAGAUCGCAAUGCGCGAUGUUUCCGCUAAACAAGCAGGGAAUUGGUCGGGCUGUCACAGCACGGCUUGGGAUGCCAACGCCCCCGCAAACAGUGGUGACCGUGCUGUAUCAAACGAAUUCACCAAGUCAGGAUAUCCAUUAGGCGUAAUGAUAAACGCUGAUGGCCUCCGCUUCGUAGACGAGGGCGUAGACAUGAGGAAUUUCACCUACGCCAAAUUUGGCCGCGCCAUCCUCCAACAACCUCAAGGCAUCGCAUUCCAAGUCUGGGACUCGCGCACAAUCCCAUGGCUCCGUGACGAAGAAUACCGGGACGCCGUCGUUGAGAAACUCCGCGGCAACACAAUCGAGGAGCUUGCAGAUCGCUGUAGCGAGAAAGGCAUGCAGAACCGCUCAACCUUCAUUCAGACCUUCGGAGACUACAACGCAGCGGUCUACAAACAUCGCGAGGAGAACCCCAACAUCAAAUGGGACCCAGCGAUCAAAGACGGCAUGUCAACCCAAUCGUCAUCCUCCGGACUAGCCUUGGCCAAAUCAAACUGGGCAUUACCGAUCGACAAAGCACCCUUCAUCGCCGUCAAAGUUACCGGAGGUGUGACAUUCACAUUCGGGGGCCUGGCCGUCAAUCCGGAAACCGCAGCCGUCAUCUCUUCGACUUCGAUGAACGAAGUGCCGGGCCUGUUUUGCGUUGGCGAGAUGCUCGGCGCCCUGUUCUACGAUAACUACCCAGGCGGAUCAGGCUUGACCUCUGGUGCCGUCUUUGGCCGGAGAGCGGGGACCGCUGCGGCCGAGUUGGCUAGGAGGCUGGAUGUGAAAGCUAAGGAGAACCUGAUCGUAAUACGGCGAAAAGCAAGCCACAUCUCCCUCGGAUCCCCCCUCUUCAUGUGCGUCAUCUCCACCUCUUCCUUCCCAACAUACACCUUCUCCCAUCCCGGCUGCCGCAUUCGCCAUCGUCUGCGCAUGGCAAGACUCAUCACGAGGUAUGAACAAAGCCACCGCCUCAUCCACCUUCUGCCCACAAGCAAUCACGCCACGGUUCUGCAAUACCACGCUCCGCAUCGUCGGGCCCAACGCUCUGGCGCUCCUGGCGCCUUCCUCGGUGGAGACGACGGUGCCGCCAUAGCAUGGGUAGACGGCGCGGUCAUUGCAGGAACGAAGGGCGUCGUGCUAGAUCAUCUCGACUGGGCAGGCGAAGCAGGAGAAGGCUUUGCCGAAGACGGAGUGAGCGAGGCAAGCGUCGCUGAUAUCGGGCCGGCGCACGUUGUGGAUUCCGGAGUGGAUGGCUCAAGCGGGGGCCGUUGA